GAUCUUGCCACUUGGGUCAGCAAGAGUGGAUCCCGCAAAUGUAACAGAAAUUAUGCAGAGAAGGGCGGGGGCCACUGCAGACAUUUUCCCCAACCAUGGAGACUAAAACCCAAAACCCCCUGUUUUUCAGUAGAAUGGACACCCUCACAUGGUGGUUAUGUCACAGGGGCCACACCCCACGGCUGUGCUCAUGGUUACAUAUUCUCUCUGGCACCCGCAUACUAUUUGUAUAUAUAUCGUCAUCCAACUGCUUCUUCUUAUCUUUCUUUCGAGGCACACGGGUUUGGCAUGAGAAAAGUUCUCUAAAGCCUAUAAUACCUCGACCCCAAUUCUCUCUUCUUUCAAUCUCACGUGUGCCCGAUCCACGAACCCUUUUUAUCAGAUAUGUUACACUGUCUACGCUCGCCGGAGGAUUUUGCUGCCAUAGGUAGGCCCGAAACUAUGAAGUGGCUACAUCAGCCACAGCAGUUUCAGCAACCUUCAUUCCACAGCAAAUCUUUUGGAUUUUCUCAAUCUUCCCAGAUUGAUGACUUGAAUUCCGUACUUAGAGAGAUACCUAAUAGGAGUAUGAAGGCGGAGAAUAGUUGGGACAAUGGUUUGCCGGGUUUGGGCGAUUUUCCCACUGCCGGAACCGAUUUUCGGGGACAUGGUAUGGGUUUUGAGUUGCCGGAAAUUGCAGGUAGCUCUCUUGAGAUGGAUCAUUCGCUUUCGAGGACUUCUAGUUGCCCGCUACCGGAUCUGGGGGCAGCAACAUCCGUGGAUGGUAGAGAGUUGGCUGGAAGAAACAGUGUGAAGAAGAGAAAAGCAGAGGUUGCUUUAACAGAGGAGUGCAAAGACCAGAAGAUUAAAAGGGAUGAGGAAGAGGAGGAAUCUAAGAUCGAAGAGAAACACAGUGAGAUUUCCCCAAAUGCUUCAAAGGUUUCUGGGUCUCCUAAGCCUGAUUACAUUCAUGUGCGGGCGCGUCGUGGGCAGGCCACUGAUAGCCAUAGCUUAGCAGAAAGAGCAAGGAGAGAAAAAAUCAGUAAGAAGAUGAAGUAUUUACAAGAUUUAGUGCCUGGAUGUAACAAAAUCACAGGCAAGGCUGGUAUGCUGGACGAAAUUAUCAACUACGUUCAAUCUCUCCAAAGACAAGUAGAGUUCUUGUCCUUGAAACUUGCUACCAUGAAUCCAAGGACCGACUUCAACCUGGAUACCUUCUUGGGGAAAGAGUUUCCUGCUUACGUCGCAGCCGGUUUUCCAACAGCGGCUGCUUCAUCAGAAAUGGCCAAUUUGCCCUUCCUUCAGUUUCAGCCAGUGCAGCAGGGAAUCACAAGCUGUGAGCUACAUAUGCCAAUAGACCCCCCUCAAUCUGCUCUUCAGAUGACUACAAGCUCUUCCACAUCUGUCCCUGAGAUGUUCACCAACUCAACGUCCUUCUCUCAAGUGCAACCCUUCACCAGUUGGGACACUGAUUUACAAAGCCUAUACACUGGGGAGUUUCAGUGAGGAAGAUCAACUACUUUUUCAUCCCCACUUUCCACCACCACCCAUGAAGACAGACACUCCCUCAUACAUGGGUGUUAAAUCUCAAGGACCACUAGCAUGAAAGGUUUCUGCAAGCACCUGAUUUUUGGAUAAUAAUCAACAACAAUCUCAGAGGAAUUAUGUACAAAAUUCAAGCGAUUCUGAUUACAUUCAAGUUCAUGAUCUUUUCUA